UUUACACUUAGUGAAAAUUCUCGGACGCGCCGGCGGAAAAUCAAAAUACCAACACCCUACGGCGUUGGACAGCAGCCAACUUUUGAGGAAACGUUGAAACGCGCUGUUAAGGUGAAAGAAAAUGCAAUAUGGAUGGACCUAGAGAGUAUCAUACUCAGUGAAGACAGAAAAAGACAAAUACUGCGAUAUCACUCAUGUGAAAUGUAAAAUAUACGAAUGAACUUAUUUACCAAACAGAAGCAGGCUCACGUGGAAAACAAAGAGAUAUUGCCUCGGGCCUCAGCUUUCCCAUCUGUCAAAUGAAGGAUUCAGCAAAUGUGUACUGAGCCUACUGUGCCUAAGAAUGACAAAGGGUCAACUAAAGAUGGGGAUCAAAUUGCCAACAUCCACUGGAUCAUGGAAAAAGCAAGAGAGUUCCAGAAAAGCAUCUACUUCUGCUUUAUUGACUAUGCCAAAACUUUUGACUGUGUGGAUCACAACAAACUGUGGAAAAUUCUUCAAGAGAUGGGAAUAGCAGACCACCUGACCUGCCUCCUGAGGAAUCUGUAUGCAGGUCAAGAAGCAAAAGUUAGAACUAUACAUGGAACAACAGACUGGUUCCAAAUCAGGAAAGGAGUACGUCAAGGCUGUAUAUUGUCACCCUGCUUAUUUAACUUAUAUGCAGAGUACAUCUUGAGAAAUGCCAGGCUGGGAGAACCACAAGCUGGAAUCAAGAUUGCCGGGAGAAAUAUCAAUAACCUCAGAUAUGCAGAUGACACCACCUUUAUGGCAGAAAGCGAAGAACUAAAGAGUCUCUUGAUGAAAGUGAAAGAGGAGAGUGAAAAAGUUGGCUUAAAAUUCAGCAUUCAGAAAACAAAGAUCAUGGCAUCCAGUUCCAUCAUUUCAUGGCAAAUAGAUGGGGAAACAGUGCAAACAGUGAGAGACUUUAUUUUCUUGGGCUCCAAAAUCACUGCAGAUGGUGACUGUAGCCAUGAAAUUAAAAGAUGCUUGCUCCUUGGAAGAAAAACUAUGACCAACCUAGAUACCACAUUAAAAAGCAGAGACAUUACUUUGCCAACAAAGGUCCGUCUACUCAAAGCUAUGAUUUUUCCAAUAGUCAUGUAUGGAUGUGAGAGUUGGACUAUAAAGAAAGCUAAGUGCUGAAGAAGUGAUGCUUUUGAACUGUGGUGUUGGAGAAGACUCUUGAGAGUCCCUUGAACUGCAAGGAGAUCCGACCAGUCAAUACUCAAGGAAAUCAGUCCUGAAUAUUCAUUGGAAGGACUGAUGCUGAAACUGAAACUCCAAUACUUUGGCCACCUGAUGUGAAAAACUGACUCAUCUGAAAAGACCCUGAUGCUGGGAAACAUUGAGGGCGGGAGGCAAGGGGACGACAGAGGGUGAUGAGAUCGUUGGAUGGCAUCACUGACUCGAUUAAUAUGAGUUUGAGUAAGCUCUGGGAGUCGGUAAUGGACAGGGAAGUCUGGUGUGCUGCAGUCCAUGGCAUCGCAAAGAGUCGGACAUGACUGAGCAACUGAACUGAACUGAAAGAUGGGGAUAAGGUAGAAGGGCUUUCACUAUUCCUUGCAAGCCAUCAGGUGGGUGACCAGGAAAAGGACCCUGAGAGUCGACAUGAACGAUCAGAAUCAGGAGAUCUUUAGGAUCCAUUGGAUUUGGAGACUAUUUGUAUGAGUCACUGUGAGGGGCCUGGGAGAGCAAGCAGAGAUAGCAGGAGUUAAGAUAACCAUUCUGGAAUAUUGGAUAGAUAGUGUUACUUUUGGGGCUUCCCUGGUGGCUCAGCUGGUAAAGAAUCCACCUGCAAUGCCACAGACCCUUGUUUGAUUCCUGAGUCGGGAAGGUCCCCUGGAGAAGGGAUAGGCUACCCACUCCAGGAUUCUUGGGCUUCCCUGGUGGCUCAGAUGGUAAAGAAUCUGCCUGCAUUGCGGGAGACCUGGGUUCAAUCCCUGAAUUGGGAAGAUCCCCUGGAGGAGGGCAUGGCAACCCACUCCAGUAUUCUUGGCUGGAGAAUCUCCAAGGACAGAGGAGUCUGGCGGGCUAUAGGCCAUGGGGUUGUAAAGAGUCUGAGCGACUAAGCACAGCACAGUGUUACUUUUACAAAGGAUAGAUUAACUUCCUGUAUAUAGGUUUAGAAUCAUUUAUGGGGUUAACUGUAUCAUCUUUUCUUCCAAGAACAAGUCUAAGGCUACACAGCAAGAUGUAUGCAAAUCAACAAGAAGAAACUAAGGAUGUGAGAGAAGGGAAAUAAGAUGAAGCCAGAGAGGGACUGAUGCCAAAAGCUCAGCCUCUCUGUAUAUACUGGUGCAGAAUAGAAUCACGCAGAGGGUUUUGGCUGAAGCAGGAAAGAACAGCUUUAUUGCUUUGCCAGGCAAAGCCCUUGGGAGUUUGGCGAGGAGUUUUAUGGCAACAGAUCAUGGUGAGGUUGCUGAUAAGAUUGAGGCUGUGUGUAGUCUCUGAUGAGCUUCUCUGAUCCCUUUAAUCUUUCUUUUUCUUUUAAUGUUUAUUUAUUUAGCUGCCUUGAAUCUUCCUUAUGGCACAUGGGAUCUUUCACUGCAACAAAAACUUUCUAGUUGCGGCGCAUGGCUCCAGAGCUUGUGGGCUCAGUAGUGAGCGUGGAGGCUUAGUUACUUUGUGGCAGGUGAGAUCCUAGGUCCUGGGCCAGGAAUUGAACCUGCAUCUCCUGCAUUUCGAGGCAUAUUCAUAACCACUGGACAGUCUCUUUAAUCUUUCCUCAGCCAAGGUUUCUUGGCUGUACCUCCCUUGAUUAGCAACUAUUGGAACCGGCCUUUUGGAACUCGGGAAAGGUCAUGGAGGCUGGAGUGUUGCCUACAAGAAUCAGGGGACAAAAAGGCCUCCAUGACUGGGAACCCAACAGGGCACCACUCAGUUUCAGGAUCACACCCAAAACACACCUUACAGACCACCCUUCAUGCCUGAGUAGCCCUUCCAUUUGGCUUCAAGCCUCUUCCAGCCAAAUACAAAAGAUAAAUAUGAUUAGUAACAUGAUUCACAACAUCCACAUGAUAAAAACAAACAAUGGCCAAAGGAAUCCACUGUGCCUGAAAUAAGGCUUUAAAGAAAUUUCUCAGGGAGAUGGGGUUCUACUAAAGGGAUCAAAAUGGGAUGCAGCUAAUGACACCCUGAACAUCACCCCACAAUGAAUACACAGUUAAGCACAUUUGUGCAGACCAGUGAAAUCUGGAUGACACACCGAGCCCGUCUGGGCAAGCUGUUUACAAGAGGUCAGAACAAAGGAAUUGGGUUACUUGAUCCCCGAUUACUGAUUUAAUCCAAAGAAAAAAUCCAGAGUCUGGAAAGAAAUGAACUGACUUUGUUCAUAAGUGAUCCUCUGUCAAUAGUGUUUUUCAAAAUGGAACUCCGAGUAAGGAAUGGGAAAGGGCCCAUGUUUUGCUCAAACCAUUGAAGGGCAGUUGUUCUCUGCUGCUAGGUAAAACCCAAGGUGUGGACCAACGGCGGCAGCAGGUUAGGGGGACCAGAAAAGCAGAAUGGAGAAGCACAGGGGAAUUCCUUGGCAGUCUGGUGGUUAGGACACAGCUCUGUCACUUCUGGGGCCCCAGGUUCAAUCCCUGGUUGGGGAACUAGGAUCCUGUAAGCCAUGCUGCAUGGCGGAGAAAAAAAAAAAAUGGAGAAAUAUGAGGGCAAGAGAGAGGAGAGGAAAAGUAGAGAGAGGAGAGGACUUGAGUGAGGCAGUUUUGUCAUGAGUGUAUUUCAAUGUCCAUCUCUCUUGUUGUUGUUCAGUCACUAAGUCGUGUCUGACUCUUUGUGACCCCAUGGACUGCAGAACACUAGGUUUCCCUGUCCUUCACUAUCUCUCUGACUCAAACUCAUGUCCAUUGAGUCAGUGAUGUCACCCAACUGUCUCAUCCUCCCUGCCCCCUUCUCCUUUUGCACUCAAUCUUUCCCAGCAUCAGGGUAUUUUCCAGUGAGUCGGCUCUUCGCAUCAGGUGGCCACAGUAUUGGAGCUUCAGCAUCAGCAUCACUCUUUCCAGUGAAUAUUCAGGGUUGAUUUCCUUUAGGUUUGAUCUCCUUGCAGUCCAAGAGACUCUCAAGAGUCUUCUCCAACACCACAAUUUAAAAGCAUCAAUUCUUUGGCGCUCAGCGUUCUUUAUGGUCCAACUCUCACAUUCAUACGUGACUACUGGAAAAACCAACUUUGACAAUAUGGACCUUUGUCAGCAAAGUGAUAACUGCUGUUUAAAACACUGUCUAGGUUUGUCAUCUCACUUGCCAGACCACAAGCUUCAUGGUGGCUGAGAUUGCAGGGCCUAGCUCCGAGAAGGCUCAAGCUGACAUUUGUCAGAUGUGGGCAUGAACACAGCGGGCCCCACCUAAACUUCAUAGCUUCAAAGGCUGCCUCCCUUACCCAUUGAGGCAAUAAUGCUCCCUCUUUGACAAGAGCUCACAUCCUGAUCUUUUGUGCUGUCACUGAUUGUUGCACAACCACUUGGCUCAGCUGACAGGGCGUUCGGGCCAAAGGGCCAGUUAGUAUGAGCUUGUGGCAUGAGUGCAGCCCCAUGCCCCCGGAAUGGGAGCCUGGGCACAGAGCCUCUGGAUCAUGACGGCCCCUCUCCCGGCUCCUCCACCACCAUCUGCCAAGGUGAUGCCCCGCAGAAUGGGAGCGGGCUGGCCCGAGGCGCCUGGCAGCUCCUGCUCCCAUGUGGGCCCGGCCUGGUGAAGUUCUACCGGCCGCUGCUGGGGCUGCAGGCAGCCAUGGCAAACAUGGCUUCCCACUGCCUGCCUGUCUACGUGCUGGGCUUCUGCGUCCUCUGGGGCAGAAGUCUGCAGGUGACGGGGGCGCUCUUCCUGGCCCGGAAGCUGUGCAUGGAGGUGCUUCUGCCCGUUCAGCAGACCUGGUGGCGGCUGCUGACCAUCACGCGGGGCUGGGGCCUUCAGCUGCUGGCCACCCUGCUGCACAGAGCCUGCCGCUGCGUCCCGUGGCUCCAGCGGCACUUGCGAUGGGAGGCCCACCUCGCUCUGCUGUCUGUGGCCCAGUGUGCCUACUACAGCCUGGUCGACUUCCACCACGAGCACAGCAAGGCCUUGGAGCUGCUGCCACAGGCUGUGCUGCAGCAGACGGCCGUGUCCCUGCUGCUCCGCUGCCUCGACGGGCUGUGGGUGGCCAUGGGACAGGUGGCCAGGGCCACGUGGGGCGGUGGCCUGCGGUCCCUGGGAUGGGCCAGGCUGUGCAAGGCACCCUCCAAAGAUCUGGAUGCAGUCACCACCGUCCUUCCAGUGACCACCAUUCCUUUUAGCCAGCGCUUCCCUGGGCCUGACCCGGCCACCCUGAGCGGGCUCAGGCCAGCCUCCAUCAGCCUGUGCCUAGUGGUUGAGGACAAGGACGCCAGCGAGGGAGAAGGAGGCUGCGGUCUGGGGGCCAGCAAGGUGCCCAUUAGUACCAGGUUCCACAGCAGUAGCACAAGCAAGAUGGACUUCAGAUCUUCAUCCAGGCAGGCCCUCGCACAACAAGUCAAGGCGACCUGUAUUCUUAUUAUUCUUCUGUAUAUCUACGCCGCGUGUCUCUUUGUGCAGGUCUUAAAAUAAAUGACCACG